CCUGUGAUUCUUCUCUUUUCCAGGCUUGGUAUCAUGUGCAGAACUCAGGCCUUUAUGUCCCUCCUUCUCCUGGGACUGAAACUCCCCAAGGCAAAAGGCAACUGUGGGUUUUUUGAGUCUGAAAAACUCUGCGUUUGUUCACUGCUGGAGGAGUCAGAGACUGAAAACGUUUUGGAAUGCUUGCAAGCCACCACAUACGAGCUUCGAGGCGGAAACCUGGAAAAAUUUGCCAUGUUUUCAGAAAUGACACCAUCUCCAUACAUUAUCGAUAUUCUCCAGGCCCUGGAAGUCCGCAAGCUCAUCUUUACAGACCUCGUUGUACCAGAGAUUCAAUUGCCAGGAGCUCUGGAAUUUGUUUCCCAUCCUCCUCUGCUCUCAGAAAUCGAAUUUGUAAACUGCACUUUCCUUAGGACAGCCGGCCGGCGUUACAAAGAUGGGCCUUCCCUGCUGCAGGUUUCCUCUCUGCGUUUCCACAAAGUGACAGCUGAGUCUCUGGCUGACAGGCGCAAUGAUUUGACCGGUCUGACAAGAUGGCUGGAGACCCUGAAGAAUUUGACACUCACCGAAUCACAGGUCACCUCCAUCCCAUGCGAAAUCAGCCAGGUGUUCACUGGAUUGCAUUUCCUUGAUGUUUCAGGAAACCAUUUCCAGGACAAGAGCAUCAGGUCUUCAUUCUGCCUGGGAGCUUUCCCAGCACUCCAGGUGUUAAAACUCCACCACAACCAGCUGAGCUCUUACGAUGCUGCGUGCGAGGCAGUUGUUGCCCUCAGCAUGCUCACUCACUUAGACCUCAGUCGGAACGAUUUCCUGCCUGGAUUCUCGCCCUCCUCCGAGUGCACGUGGCCUCAGACCCUUCGGGUUCUCAACUUGUCCAGCACAGGGCUAGAACAUGUGGAAUGGUCUCUGCCACCCAACCUGGAGACCUUAGACUUGAGCGCCAACAACAUCUUUACCCUUGAUCUCUCACUUCCUGCCUUGAAAGAACUCUACCUGUCCAAUAACAGUCUGCAGGCAAUCCCCUCAGUCGAGAAUCUCCCUCAUCUGGAAGUCCUCAGUGUCGAUCAAAACCAGAUCUCACAUCUGCCUAGCCAGAGCCUGCUGCAGCUGAGGCACUUGAAGGUCUUAAAAGCCGGCCACAAUCUCUAUAAUUGCUCUUGUCCUUAUACCCAGCAGCUCCAGGACUUGGCAAGCAAGCUGUCCUUACUGGCCGACUGGCCUCAUGACUAUACAUGCCAAUCCCCUCCUCAUUACGAGGACUCCUUGGUUAAAGAUAUGCCUUCUUCAACACUGCGGUGCAACCAAGCUCCGGUCGGACGUGGCUCCGUGGUCGUCUUGCUGUCCAGCCUUCACCUGGCUCUUUGCCUGUUUCUGAUUUGAUGAUCAUCAAACUUUUAUUUAGAUCAGU